CUUUUCUAUUUUAUAUGAUAUAGAUAGUCAAGAGAUAGAUGCCUUGCCAAUCAUACCAUCUCAAUUAAGUAGCUCGUAGAGACAAUCCCAAGAUGAAGAGCCGCUUGAACCACAAAGACGUCAAAGGAUACCUAGUAAUUAUGUUUGAGGUAGAACUUACCUAAGAAGGACGUCCAAAAAGAAUGUUUGUAGGACAAUUCCAUAAUGAAGAUGCCAAAGUUCAUGCUUGGUCACAAGUAGAAGACUUAAAGCACUAUCAAUGGCUAUAAGAGCCUAUGAACCAUUUAUCUUGCAAAAAAUAACUAAAAUAUAUAGUAAACACCAUACAACAGAUCUUCAACUUCUUGUACAUAUACUAGCUUGUUUCAACUUUGCUUCUCAGAGACCUCGAAGCUAAAAGAAGAGGUGAUGUCACAGACAUACAAUUGAAGGUUCCAAAAAGUUCUAGAAGGUUCCAGAAGGUACUAGUAGGUUCUAAGAAGGCUCUUGAAGCUUUUAGGAGAUUCUAGAAGGUUUUAGAAGGUUCUAGUAGAUUCUAAGAAAGUUCUAGAAGGUUAUAGGAGGUCUUAGAAGGAUCUAAGAAGCUUUAGAUGAUUUAGGAAGCUGCUAAAGGAGAAUCUUAUACUUGUUUUAUUUUCAAGCCUAAUAGAAACUUCUCAAGAAGCUUUUUAGGACCUAGUAUAUAUAUGAGUUGAGGUUGAAGGAAUCCUCAGUCUUGACAACUCACUUCUUGUAGUUUAGCUACGACCUAUUAUCUUGUAUCCAGUUGUUGUUAUAAUGUCUAGCUAACUCCAUUUCUUGAUCUUGAAUCCUUAUCUUGUAUAUAGUCCCUAACAUUAUUCUUGCUUCUAUAUGUACUAUCUAACUAGAAGCUAUAUAGCAAUAUUUUUCACAACAUUGCAAAACAUGAGAAAUCUUUUGUAAUGUCAGUGGAGAUAGAAUGGUGUAGAAAUUUGAAACUCAUAUUCACUAGAGUUGAAUAUCUUAAUUGAAGCAAUAUAAAUGUCUGUGGCACAUAUUGUGUCUCGAUUGUCUGAGAAAGUGGUAAAUCCUAGGAGAGAGAGCGGCCAUGUGAAGGGGAAUGAUUCGAACAACCUGAGAAGCAGUGUGAGGAGAAACACAGCGUCAGCGUUACUGCAUCGUGGCUUGCAAUUGAAGUCACCAUUCAGCACUACAAACAGAUGUAAAGCAGCGAUAAAUACGAAACAAAUCGGCUCGCUGGAAUGGUCGUUGCCUAGAGAUUGGCCAAAAAAUGAUUCGACCAACGCAACCUACGACUCUAGGUUGGUUAGAGCAGAAACCGUUUCCUGUUCUAGUAGGGAGAGUAUUUCGCAUUUCGUGCGGAAGUCUGUUGAUUCUGAUUGACGCGUCUUUCCCAGAAAUCAUGGAACGAAGUGGUGGGAACGAAGUGGUGGGAACGAAGUGUUGAGAGAACAAGGAAUUUGGACUGGUCGGUGACGUAGCCGUAGGGGAUUGUCACCGUUGAACCUGCUCUUGAUGAAUCAUCUUUGGAUAAGGCUAUUGCAGGCUGUUGUGCCCGUAGGGAUGAUUGCAUGGAGGGGAAAUUCGAUGGAACCUAGGAGGAAUUAGCAAAUUCCAUCGUUGUAUUUGCAACAUGGCGUGGACUGCCUGAAAAAUGUUGUGGAAGAAGUAUUCUGGGCGGCGCACGCGAAGAGCGACAGUACGUCCGUGGAACAUGUGAAGGUGAAGUAGCGGUGAAGUAGCAGUGAAGUAGCGGCUGGUAAACUGGUCGAAUGCUAUUUUUGAAUUUUCAGGAUUUUAAAACAGAAACAGCCAAGGGCCUGGGUGAUCAUAGGCGCAGCGAAUCGGGCAGUCAGAAUAAGUGGAUUCUGUGCUUGCUUCUCCACGGAUCGAUUUAAAUCUGAUGAACCAAUCCCACAGAGCAAGAUGAUCGUCGUUCUUAACUCCUGCAAACUUGAAUGUAGUAACAGCGUUCCAUGAGGAGAACUAGAUUACUAAAGCAGCAGCACAGCAUCUCUGGCUGCGGACAUGGAAGUACCAGAGCAGAGGUUGAUAGAAUGGGAAAAUUCAUUGCCAGUUACGUUGGACGCACGUACUCAGUAUACACGAAUACAGCCACCAAAAACAAAAACAGGUUGAAGACUAAGGCUAGGAAAAGUGGGUGAACGGAUCCAGAAAGCAUGCAGUUUCUGAAAAACGA